CAGAAUGCAGCUGGCUCAUCUGUGCAUCCUCCUCCAGACUCUGGCAGUCAUGACGGCCAACAUCGCACCGUUGGUCCGAGGCUGCGACUGUGGUGCCCAUUCACCAGGUGAUGUCAUCAUAGGGAUGAUGUUCCCGAGUCAUCAUAAAGUAACCGCCUUGGAUGAACGGAACCAACCAGAAAGCUACCAAUGUUCAGAUUUUUAUUUGGUGUCCUUCAUGAGAUCCCUGGCAACAAUUCAUGCCAUAGAGGAAGUGAAUGCAGCUGGUGUCCUUCCAGGGCUGCGUCUCGGAUAUGUCAUGUGUGACACAUGCUGUCAUGCUAGCAAAGCCUUACAGAACGUGGGGCGCAUGCUAGCGGUCAACGGCUCUGUCAAUGUGCAGUGCGACUACACUGACUUCAGACCCAAAGUAAAGAUUGUUUUAGGAGCUCGGUACUCGGAGGUGUCCAUCGCUGUUGCCAAACUGCUGAGUGUUUACAUGAUUCCAUUAAUGAGCAGCACAUCAUCUUCCCCAGUUCUGAGUGAUAAGCAGCGCUACCCGGUGUUCCUGCGAACUAUUCCCAGUGACAAACAUCAGACUAAAGCUCUGGCCAAACUGAUGGCUCACUUUUCCUGGAACUGGGUGGGGGUCGUGUACGGGGAUGACGACUACGGUAAAGCAGGUUUCCGCAGUUUUGUAAGGGAUGCAGAGGCCAACGGCGUGUGCCUGGCUUACCAGGAAGUGUUGCCCUAUUACUUUGACCAUGAACACAGCAUGCUACAUGUCAGGCAGGUUGCUGAGAAAAUUCGGAAUUCCACUGCCCAAGUGGUACUAGUCAUGGUCAGGGCAGAGUUGGUGGAUCUCCUCUUUAAGGAAAUGAUUCGGACCAACACAUCAAAGACCUGGAUUGCCAGUGACAGCUGGUCAAUAAAUUGGUCCAUAGCCCGUAUGGAUGGAAUAAACAGGGUUGGGGACAUUUUGGGCUUCAGUUUUGUUUCAGGCCACAGUGAAUCAUUUGAUAACUACCUGAAGAACCUUAGAGCCACCCCAGGUGGAUACAACCGCUUCAUUGAAGAAUACAAGAACCUGAGAUUCAACUGCACCCCAGAGUGUUUCUCAAGCAAACCUCCAUCCUAUUGUCCCUCCCCUGAUGUCCUGAAAAUCAAAUCCGACCAGGCAUGCAGUUUCAGUGAUCCUCAAAAGCAAAAUGAUGACUAUCUAGUAAAGGCUCUGGACACCAGUGAAGCCUUCCUUGAAAGAGUCGCAGUGUGGGCGACUGCUAAUGCUCUUAAAAACCUACUCAAAUGCAACAGUUCUUCAUGCUCUGGAGAAAAGAACUUCCCUCCAUGGAAGCUCCUUGAAGAACUGAAGAAAGUCAAGUUUGAGUAUGAGAAGCAAAGUUUCUUCUUUGACGAAAGUGGUGAUUUUGUCAACGGGUAUGAUAUGCUAAUGUGGACAAAGGAUGGAGAGCACAGGAAAAUUGAAAAGAAGGGACGAUACUAUGCUCUUGAUGAACAAAUUGAACUUGAUGUAAAGUUGACCUGGCAUUCAACAACCAAUUUUACGGUCCCUGAGUCCAGAUGCUCAGAGCGCUGUGGCCCUGGCACGAGCAAGAAGAUAGUGAACGUGUCCUGCUGUUACAGCUGCAUCAACUGCACCGAGGGCUUUUACUCUGAUGACUGGGACCUUCAUGACUGUAAAAAGUGUCCUGCUGGAACUGGAUCUCUCAAAGGGUCAAAAGGAUGCGUACCCCUGCAGGAGUCCUACAUGCGCUGGGUUAACGCUCACCCUAUUGCCAUGAUGGCAGCCACAGCGUUGGGCGUGUUGCUCUUGGUCGGUACCUUCAUAAUAUUCUUGGUGUACAGAAAGUCUCCGCCCAUGAGAAGAGCUGAGGUCACAUUGUCCUGUGUGAUGAUGGCCGGUCUGUCCGUCAGUUUUUCAAGUGUGGUUUGCUUCAUGGGGAAGCCGAACAUCCAUCUGUGCCGGGCUCGUCAAGUACUCUACGCCAUGGGCUUCACCCUGUGUGUUUCCUGCAUUCUUGUUAAAGCUUAUCGCACUUUUCUGGUUUUCAUUCCUUUUGGACCGUUAAUAAAAAGAGGACUGUACAAACUGUACAAACCAGCUCCCAUUGUUAUCAUCUUCACCAGUGUCCAAGGACUCAUUUGUCUCUUCUGGAUGAUCUUCGACUCUCCUGACACUGAAACCAGACAUCCACCUCAGAGUUUGAAGACAGUGUUCCAGUGCAGUGAAGGCCAAACCUAUAUAGGUUUUUGGCAUUAUGUUGGCCUAUAUAGCUUUGCUGGCAUUGAGUGGCUUCCUGUUGGCGUUUAA